AUCCUCGUUGUUUUUCAGGGAUAAGUUGACUGCUGGAUUCACAUCAUAAAAAGGUACCCUGCAAAUCAUUGCCUACGCUUUCUUCAUAGUUUAGUGUAUUAGAGCCAACAAGUGAAUUUAUCUGGACAUUGCUUUGAUUGAGUCAUCGUUCCUCACCGGCUGGUUACACCGUAAAGUUAGCAGGUUUUGGCAUGUUUAUUUCUUUUUAAUAUUGUUGAGAAUUUGUAUACUAUGUAUGCUCUUUUUCGACUCAAACUUAAGUCAAGAAAAUCCACUCAAUCUUCGUUUGAUUUCAAAUCAGAAAUCGGCAGAUUUUGACUGAACAUUCCGUAAAAGUUAGGCCGUUCCUUUUUCUUUUCACCACAGGUAAAUGUAACUUCAUUAAUUAUUUAUGCGCAAAAGUAUUUUUUGUACAUAUUUGUGGCGUAUUCUAUGGUUCCCAAGGACAAACGCAAUCACUGCUUUUUAGUACGUAAUUUGAGACCGGCUUUUCGAAAAGGUCAAAUUUGAUGUACGUCGUAGCCUAAGUAAAAGCAAAUUAACUAAUCGCGAUUGUUGCAUGGUAAAUCAACUAUCUUGAUCAUUGAAUGAAGGGCGGUUGAAUUAGAGCAAUGAAAAGAGUCACUUGAUCAAUGAAUAACUCUACAGUGCACACGGCGACGCGCCAGGUAAGUAAAGGGCAGUCCAUCGUUAGAAGGUUUUGAUAGGCCUAUGUGAGCCCUGCAAUUUGCUUCCGCUUUUAAAUCUGCUGACAUGAAAGUAUACCGUUUCAGUUUGCGACUUUUCACGCUACGUGGUUCGACUUCCUGUCGUUGGUCCAGUGAAUAUAUGUCAUCAGUUUCCUGAUAUAUUGAUCCAAUAUUGUUAACUGUUUCCACUCCUUAAAUGUAAAUGCGGAAACGUUUGAAACGUUUUUCGACUCAAACUUAAGUCAAGAAAAUCCACUCAAUCUUCGUUUGAUUUCAAAUCAGAAAUCGGCAGAUUUUGACUGAACAUUCCGUAAAAGUUAGGCCGUUCCUUUUUCUUUUCACCACAGGUAAAUGUAACUUCAUUUAUUCUUUAUGCGCAAAAGUAUUUUUUGUACAUAUUUGUGGCAUAUUCUAUGGUUCUCAAGGACAAACGCAAUCACUGCUUUUUAGUACGUAAUUUGAGACCGGUUUUUCGAAAAGGUCAAGUUUGAUGUACGUCGUAGCCUAAGUAAAAGCAAAUUAACUAAUCGCGAUUGUUGUAUGGUAAAUCUCCUAUCUUGAUCAUUGAAUGAAGGGCGGUUGAAUUAGAGCAAUGAAAAGAGUCACUUGAUCAAUGAAUAACUCUACAGUGCACACGGCGACACGCCGGGUAAGUAAAAGGCAGUCCAUCGUUAUGCGGGUAUCAGCGGCCAUCCCGAGGGGUCGACCCCGGGCACCCAGGGGCAUUUGUCACAGCUGCCGUGACAAAUACAUGCUAAAGCCCCUCGGGUAGGGCAAAAAAUUGGGACAAAUACCCCCACCCCUGGAGCAACCUGGGCAACAUAUAGUCGGUGUUGCCUGUUCCUCGAUGCAAAAGUACGAGUGAUCAUGGUUUACUGAAGCCACAUCAGUACUAAAAUCCACACAAGUCUCUAUGGAGUCCUCAAAUUCGAGCUUUCUGGGGCAAACUUUCUUGGCUUGCGGUUGUUCAUCACACUGUCUCUUCCUACCGGCAAGACGCUUCGAAUGCGAACUAACCGUAUGAAAUUGAAAUCUCGAUGUCGCUUUCCUUAAAAUGCAAUGAACAGAUUCUUGGAUCGCCGAGUGUCUUGAAUUUUUUAUCCGCUCGCUUACAGAAAACCUCCCACUUCUUACGCUCAUUGGGCCUUGUAGGAAAGCAAAAAUAACAGCAGAUUACGUGCAAAUCCCGUGGGUAUGGCCCCGGGGUAUUUUGCCAAAAACGCAAAAGCGCUCUAAUGCCCCGCGUGCGGGGCAUGCCUUUGCUACAAAUCCCCUGCUAAGCCCGUGGGUUGCCCUUGGGUUGCCCGGGGGUCGACCCCUCGGGAUGGCCGCUGAUACCCGCAUUAGAAGGUUUUAAUAGGCCUAUGUGACCCCUGCAAUUCGCUUGCGCUUUUAAAUCUGCUGACAUGAAAGCUUAGCUGUUAUUGGAAUAUAUUUUAAUGACUGAUAAGGGUUAGAUUUAAGGUGUCAUUUCGCAAUCUGUAUGUUCUUGAGGUUUGACAAAGCCGGAUGAGAUUGUGUUGCAAAAGGUAAUAUUUUCAUGUGUGCGCGCCAUUUUUUUGUUUUCAAGGUUACUGUCUCUCCCGCAGAAAAUAACUCCAGGGAUACGUUUCUCAAAACCUUAUCUAAAAACAGAGGUAUGCCUAGCAUUAAGGUCGAGAUUUAUCAGGAUAUGAAUGUUACGCAUUUAAAAUUUUUAAAUUAAAACGUGUCUUUUCCGCUCCUUUACUCACAAUGCACACGCGAAAUAACUUAAAUUUCAUCACGUAACAUGAAAACAAUGCGUAAAGUCCAAUCACAACAUACCUAAUUAUUGCCUCACAUGAACACUAGACAAUUUUUCACGUGCUUGAAUUGUAUUCCAUCAAUCAAAUUCCAUUUUGCCAUAUUGGACUUCCCUCUAUUGCGUGUCAUUUUCUUGUAAAUAACUUGCAUUUUAUUACGUGUUUUAGCUGCAUUGUCCAAACCCACCGAAAAAAAUUCACGUGGAACUAGAUGCUACUGAAAUUGGGUUUUCCACGCAGUUCUCCCACGUUUGACUUUCUCUACGAAUUUAAGUCACUUUAAGCUACCUUGGACUUUACCCAAUUGCGUGUUCAUUCCUUGUAAAACAACCUGCAUUUUUUCACGCAUUUCAUGCACAGCGGGUAGAGUCCAGAUAGGCAACAACCAACUAAGGAGCCCUCUUUGGAAUAUUAUCCUUUCUUUUGUUCAAUGUAUCUUCACUUAUUCGAGAUCGCAAUAUAUCUUUGGUAAGGGUCUAUCAGAGGUACAACAGAGUUUCAGUUUGCUUUUCGUAGUAAAAUUACGCGGAAUUAUAUUUUUGAGGUAACUAACUGUUGACGAAUAAUUUUGAUUUUUACAACAGCUUACUGUACUGUACUUACUGUACUUACUUUUACAACAGUUAUUACUUUUACAACAGUUAUUUGGUCUCGUCACGCAACGCACUCUCUCUCAAAUGGGAAAUAGAGGGCGUUGUGUGACGAGACCAAACAACGGCUGCGAAGGAGACAAAAGUAAGUGCGGUACCGAUGCAUUUCAUUUUAACUUAGAAGUAUUUGGACAAUAGAGACAGUAGAUCACGUAAUAUCUGUGUGAGUUCAGAUAAAUUAGGUUUUUUUCUGUCUUUCUGCGAUAUUUUCGUUUUUUGAAGGUUAUGCUCUUUCGGUGACAAAAAUGAAAACAUUAAGUACAUAAACUGUCCCAUCUCAACCCACCCAGCCAAAACAAAAAAAAUAAUAACUCUUGCAUGCUACGCAUGCCUAUGUUUUAUUAAACUUUUGGUCUUUGGAAGCGGCAAGGCUGCAUUUUUUACUCUUUCUGAAUCUCCGCAGUUGCCCCAUAAAAACGAAUUUGUCACGGAGGAAUAACAGGAAUCGCGCAGGGCCGCAAACACAUUUUAACUUUUGAAGGAAGGGCAACUGAGUCAGUGUAUCCCCAUUACAUUCCACGUUCAUUCACACUAUCUUGCUUUGAAAAUGACCUACUUUUCGUUUUACGACCAUGAUGCAACGCAACCAGAGUGCGCACUCAGCCUGAUUUCAAAUUAACAUGGUAUCUCGCUUGUAUCAUUUGUAGCAGUAAAUACAACAUAUUUUGGAGACGAGAGAUGUUGAUGUCAACCGUUAUCUACAAAUAAAUUUCAUAUGACUCCAAGAGCGGCAUAUUUAUUGUAACAAAAAAGUUAGUCUGUCCAUUACCUUAGUUUGGUUAACUAAUUGCUACUGUUGUCUUAAGUUCCACAAUUUCACUGUUUCCUUGUUACCCGGUGUCUCCGCGCAUCGAACGUUCGGUUUUCGAACAAAAUCGAACUCAAAUCGUUCGAUUUUGAUCGAUUGUGUUCGGAAAUCGAACUCACAAAAAAAGGUUUGUGUUCGAUUUCGUUCGAUGAUAGAACAAUAUCGCACUCAAUCGUUCGAUUGAGUUCGAUCGAGUUCGAUUAAGUUAGAUUAAGUUCGAUUAAGUUCGAUCAAGUUCGAUUAAGUUCGAUUAAGUUCGAUCAAGUUCGAUUAAGUUCGAUUAAGUUCGAUUAAGUUCGAUUAAGUUCGAUUAAGUUCGAUUAAGUUCGAUGUUUACUUCCUCGCAAAUCACUUACAAACGUGACUUUUUCCGUUUUCUUGUCAAAAGUUUGAUCGGUCUGCCAUUUUUUUUCUGUGCACGCCGACAUCCCCAUUAGAGCAGAAUAAUAACUUUUUAAAUUUAUGACCAUUUCUUUGGGUUGUGAGCGGUCAUCAGAGUUUAAAAAUACCGAUGUCUCAGCCCCCGUCCACUCGUGUAUCCGUUUUCGUAUGAGAACGCAAAAUAUUUUCAUUUUUGACUUCCGCGAUAUAUCGGAUUAAAACGGUUACCAAAAACGCAAAUUUUUGAGAACGUUUUCCAAACUGGACAUUUUUGGUUUCUCGUACGUACACCUGAAAACGGAACGACAUACGGAGGUUAAUUCACUUUGUAUGUGAGCGCUUCAGUGUUCAACAUGGCGUACUCCAUACAUUCGAAACUAAAACACAGACUUACACUCUAACUUUGUGUCAUCCGCUCGUGUUCUGCUUCAAAUUAUUCUAACUUCAUGGAUCGAAAGCGUUUAAAAUCCUGGAGGCCUUAGGAGUCCUUCGUAUCUCGAAGAUUGUAGUGGUCUUAAAUUGUCUAAUUUACAUAAAAGGAACCCAAAGCCCUCGCAUUUUAGAGACAUAAGGAAAACAAAGAUGGCUAUUGAGAACAUUCUCGGAAUUUCACGCAUCGAAGGUCAAAAACAAAGAGUGCAUUAUAUAGUGACCGAUUUCGUUGAAUCUUUGAAACAUAACCCAGCAAUGAAAUGAAACGUCAUUAAAUACUUAUAUCCACUUGACUUACCAUUUUCAACGGUUUCCGUUGGAUAAUCCAACAGAUAUUCCUACGGUAAAAUGGCGCGAAACACCGCAUUCAGCGCUAUUUUCGUGAAUAAAUCAGAUAAGGAAAAAUGGAAAGAUAGUAACCCUCCCCUUGAUGCUAAUAUUUGGCGAGUGGUCAUUUUUUGUCAGGCUUUUUUAGAUCGAUCAUCAGAUCCCACAAUUUCACAAACUUGGUCAUUUGUGAAGUCACACUUAUUACUUUGUUCCUUUGUUCGUUAUGGCUUUACGUUAGUUUUUCCACUGUUUUGAUAGAUAAAGCUUUAAUUAGAAUAAAAUAAAGAACCUUACAUAAUAUACUUUCUUGACGCUGUGAAAGAUCAUUUUUAAAGUAAAGCGCCAUGCAGCAUCUCCAUGUCUAUAGGGACUUCCCCUUUGGGAACAUGGCUGGAGGUGUCUUGCAAAACUAUGUGAUUCCAUCUAGCUAACCCUCACUAAAUUAUUCAUUUGAGGGGCUGUGAGGAAUAAACGUUAAUAAGAUUUUAACCAUGUCAGUGUUUUCUAAUGUAGAAUGCCAAGCUUUGAAUUUGGUGAAGUUCCUGCUGGAAGUGAUGUUACACACCUUGUUAGAACUCUAGAAGCAGUGCACCGAAACCCCGCAUCUCUGCGAGCCAUAGAAGAGGCCAAAACAUCCUGCGUACAGUGGGGAGGAGUCUUGCAACAGCUAAUACCAGAUGCCCAGCCGUUUUUUGUCCGCAAACCUAACAUCAAUAUAGGACCCGAAGAUUUCAACAGGAUUGCUGAAGAAUUACGCAAAGGUAAUGCUGUGCUUGUUAGCGUGAAGUUCCCAGGGAGCACUAAUCAUGUAUUUGCAAUUGAAGCUCGUGAAAAUGAAACAGCACGUAUAUUACAUGCCUGGCAGGGCAAACAUCAGUUGAGAGUGGAAAGAACAAUGCCAGUUGAUGAGAUGGUUGGCUAUUUGAAACGUCUUCCCGAGUUAGACUGGGCAACUAACAAACCUGAGUUGCAGAACAUCCGUCAUCAGCUAUGGGGUGCAGACCAUGCUGAGGUUCCAGAUAUUGAAACAAGUCCAAGAAGAAGAAUUAGCUAUGAAAUGCUAAUCAAAGGUAAAUCUUUCUUUUUUUGAAAAUGGAAUGGAAUAUCGUGCACUCUAUGUACACUAUAGAGGGAGAAUAUUUUUCGUAAAUGAAAUGCCUCUUCUGGAGACCAGUUCUGCUAUUUGUUUAUAAUGUUAACAAGAAUGGAUUUCAUCCUAUCAGCAGUAGCUAGUUUCAAUCGAAAAAUAAGAUUUUUAAGUGAUACAACACUCUAUCCAUUUGAGUAUAUAUAAAGUGAUUGCCACUUCUUAGGGUAAUCGACAGAAGACCUUUUUGGCAGGCUGUAUUGAUGGCGUUGACAAAAAUUGGGAUGAGAUCAUUCUAGAAUACCAUGUGAAAUUCUACCGGUAGACCAUCGGUUAACGGCGAUUUUCCAGGUUGUAUUUGAUUCAUGGCUCUUAAGCAUUCAUCUUCGCCCCUAAGACCCUCACUGAUAUAUUUUUCAUUCUCAGUUAUCUUAUUGUCUCUUGCAUAAAAAAUAAAGGUUCUGUUGUGGACUCGAAUUUUUUGUGGUAAAAAGUUUCUUAAUUGUAGAAGUUCUUGUAUUUCAAAAGUAUCUCACGAUAGCUUGUAAGUUUCUUCUUGUUAUAAUUUUUUUUUCUACAAAAAACUGUAUUUUUUUGCAGUGUCUUUUCUCCUUAUUUAGACACUAGUUUCUUUUUGUCUCAUCGUGCUUGUAAAAGCAUGCUUCUGAUUUAAUUAUGGCUCCCCAUCUUGUGCAUGCAAUUAAAUGUUCAAGUUAGUCCCUUUUGGAUUCUUAUAGGACAUUUUCACGAUGGUGUCAUUUGACUACAGCCACCAGGAUUCAUUUCGUUUUGGCUUUCUUAUUCAAUUUUGUAUGCCCUGUGAGGAGUAAAUAACAAUAGCUUCAAUAAGCAUGAGAAAAGCAAAAUAUGAAGGAUUCUGAUAGUCGUAGUCAAAUUACGACAUUGUGAAAAUGCUCUAUUGUUUCUUAGUUCAUCUUUAUUAAUAGACUGGCUUUCAUCGGAAGCGAUUUGUUUUUACGAGGCAAGAAUAUUAAUUCCCACUCUGGUUCUUUUCUUUUUUGAUUAAAGGUAAACCUGAUCGACCGUUAGCUUCCCCUGAAAAUAGAGAAAGACUGACCAGUCUCUGCAGUGAGUUGUCCGAGUGGCAGUCUGCCAGGUCCUCAACCAGUGGUGUAUCAGAAUGGCGUUCAGCAUCUAGUAGGCCUUCGCAAAUUGAAGGCCAGCAAGCUCAAGGUCGUGGAGGUAUUAGUAUACGAAUGGAUGCCGGCGUAGGUGCUGGUCUUGGCUUUGUGUUUGGAGCUGGCAGAGUCUUGCUUGUCGGGCUUAUAGAAGGAGAGAGGGUUGAUUAUGUUGAGGUAGGCUUAGCGGUCCUAAAAAGUGGGCUUGCUAGGGGUUUAGGCCGUGGUGCAGGAGCAGCUGUUGCGAGGGUCGCUGCUCCAACAUUUGCAAGGAUUGGAGUCUCUGUAGUUCGCUCGAAUGCCGUUGCCGGGGUUACUAUGUUUGGUGUCUUUGCUAUUUGGGAUGUGGUUGAAUGGAAAAUGAAUAAAAUUACGGAAGUGCAACUGCGCAAACGUCUUGCUAAAGGUGCUGGAGGAGCCGCUGGGGGCAUUGCAGGUGGCGUUGCCUUAGGAGUGGCUGGGGGUGUUUGGUUGGGCCCAAUUGGUGCAUUAGGAGGUGGACUGAUCGGUGGCAUUGCUGGUGGCAUUGCUGGUGCAUUUGCUGGUAGGGCAAUUGAUGGAGCGAUUUGGGAUGAGAGUGAAGAUGCUGUUAUGAACAGCUACGAAUAUUUCGGGUGGCGCGGUGUAAAGAGGAAUACGCGGCCCACAAAAUCUGCUGAUGAAAUCGGGAAAGCCUAUGACAGAAAGCUCGGAGAAAAGCCUGAAAAGGUCGGUGAAGAAGACUGGCACAAAUUUUGUCUGGGAAAUCUCAUGGUUCUUCUUCCCGCAAUGUACCCAGAGUUUAAGAAAAUGAUGCAGUUCGCAGUUGAGCUCCAGAAAGAGAAAAGCAGUGGUUUGUCAGCCAUUGGAACAGCCUUCUAUGAAUACCUCUCUUCAGAAUAGAUGUAUUCGUUGUUACCUCGAUAAGUGUAGGUUUGCCACAACAACCGUACGUUUUUGACUUUUAGACUCUCAUUAAAAGUGAAAAUGGACAAUUUAAAUGUAUACAAUGGCCAUUACCAAAACUGUAACUCUCUUAAUUUACGCCACGAAUAUGUUCAGCAGCACAAAAGGUAUUCGUUUCUUCCUUUGGUUUGCUCUAUGUCGACCGCGGCAGGGUUCGACGUCCUCGCCUCUAAUUUACCCGACUACUUGAACAAAUCCAACAGGUCACUUUUCGUCCCAUUUUCUCUUUUCCUGGGGCGUUCGUUUCCCUUUUUUUCAUUCGUCCUUUUGAAUGGCACCCCUUUCAGCGUCGGAGUGCAAAAGUUACUUACAUCCUCCAAGUUGUUUCCUGUAAAUGCAUGUCACAUCUUCGUUUUAUUUCACAAAGUGUGUCGUUAUUAGAGUGUACUUUUGUGAUGUUGUAAUCUGCACCAUUUGAACUUUAAACGCACACACCCAAUUAAUGUUUUUCAAUUAUCUAGCAUGUCUAUUUCAUCACAUUUGACUCGUUUUUGUGGGUCUCUGCUUCCCCUCAGUUACAAUUUUGUGUGAUUUAUAUACUACUUUUUAUACCAUCCAGAUUUGGAGUUUUUUUAUUUAGUAUUCACUUUCUAUUUGCUUCAAUUUUAUAGUUAUUUCUUUAUAUCCAUUUCGGCUUUGACAAUCGUAGUUUUUCCCAUGUCAGUUACUAUCCCUCCUCUUACGGCGCCUUGAGGCACCUCUUUCAAAAGGAGGGAAUAAUAUAUUAGCACGCAAUUUUACAUAUUUUGAUAUUUUGGCG